AUGGCUGAUGAAGGAACCCCCAAGAGCUAUAAUUCCCCUCUGAGGUACCCUAAUGUUACCCUUAACGAAAGGAACUUUGCUGCCUUCACACACAGAUCAGAUGCUGCUCAUCCUUGGCAUGACUUGGAGAUUGGUCCGGAAGCUCCUGCUGUUUUCAACUGUGUUGUUGAAAUUAGCAAAGGUGGGAAGGUGAAAUACGAGCUCAACAAGAACAGUGGUCUUAUAAAGAGAUCCAAGAAGAAGAGUCAAGCUAGCAAAGAUGAGAAAGAAAAUAAGCAAAUCAUUGUGAAAGAGAGUGACCUUUCUCCAGUUCUGGAAAGCGAAGAUGAAGAUGGUUUCCCUAUUCCGAAAGAGAAAGCACAACCUGAGCCAGACAAAAAGUCUGCUGUUAAGAUGGAGUUAGGUGAUGACGAACAAGGUAGCAACAAAAAACGUAAGGCCAAGGCUUCUGAGCAAGAAAGGUACCAUUCUCUUUGA